AUGGCCGUCACAAGAGUCCAGCAGAGUGUAUCUUCGCCAACGGUCAAGGCACCCCGGCGAGAUACUUCUCUCUCCAUCCGCCUCCCCGAAAUGUUCGUGUUGUUCUUGUCAGGCGAACCAACAGUAAACCGACACUAUAAGUACCACCGUCAUAAUAGAGAAUGUUACUUCGAUGAAAGAAGCCAAAGGCGACUACAAAAGACGGACUUCGCUUAUUUCUGCUCCAUAGCAGCUCCAGAUGCUGAGCCCGAGGAGUUGCGGACAGUUAUCGAUUGGGGAAACUGGGUGUUCCCUUUUGAUGACCUCUUCGAUAAUGGAAGCCUCAAGGAUGAUCCGGAACGGGCCCAAGUGCUUGUUGAGGAUUUGCGAGCAGGCAUGGCCGACGAAACUGGGCAGAGACCAGUGCUCUCAGACUACCCCAUAGUACAGGUGCACAACUCAGUAUGGCAUCGAAUCACUCAGGCUCAACCUAUCGGAAUUCGUCGCAGGUUUGCACGUGCCAUGAAUGACUACUGCACGGGAUGCAUGGCCCAAGUACGCUCAUGCUCCAAGGGGGAAUUGCCCUCGCUUGAAGAGAUGCUGUCUCUGCGCAGACAGUCUGCAGGCGUUUCGCCCCUCUUCGCUUUAGUAGAAUAUGCCCACAAACUAGACAUCCCAGAUCAUGUUUUUGAAUGCAAAAGCAUCCAGGAGAUAGAGAGGAUCGGUACUGACAUUGUAUUACUGCAAAAUGACAUACUGUCAUACUGCAAGGAAGAGAAAGAAGGUGUAAGCCAUAAUUUAGUGGCCAUCUGCCGUCAUAAUGGCAUGCCAGCGCAGGUGGCAUUUAACCAUGCGGGUGAAAUGCUCAUUGAGCGCUACCGAGACUGGUACCUUGCUUUGGCGGCACUGCCAACCUGGGGGGAGCGAAUCGACGCAGACGUUCAGGAAUAUAUCCGAGGCGUGCAGAAUGUCGUUCGCGCCAAUCUUCACUGGAGCUUCCGAUCGGGUCGAUACUUUGGGAAAGCAAACGACCAAGUGCGAAAGACCGGAUAUGUGACGGUGCGAAGCAAUAACGCCGACUUUAAGCUGUCCAUGGCGUAGACAGCGGCUAGUCCUUGAUCGAGUCUGUGUUUUCAAGGUGUUUGCGCGUUUGAUGGUGACAAUUUUCUUAUUACCCAGGUUAUUCAAUGGCGUUUGUCUAUGUUGCGGGUAAUUGGUUUUCAGCGUGGGUACUCAAUAUGGACAUGGUAAUUGUUUGUUUGCAAUCAGGUUAGCAUUGGCGAUAAUUCAGCCAUUAAUGAAGAAGUAAUAACGAGCUAUAAUUCGAGAAAGCUUCAAUAUAGUAAAGUAAAUAAUUGCACAGUUUCAUAUGUUGCUGUGGGGAGAGGAAAGACAGAGAGAAG